AUGCUUCAAGCAAACGAAAUCGUUGUGCUCAAAGAAAUUGGAAAAGUUUUAAAGCCUUUUCACAAUGUUACCGAAGAAAUGAGCGCUGAAAAAUAUGUGACAGCUAGUAAAGCUAUACCUAUUAUCAAGUGCUUGAGAACUUUGUUAGACGCUAUACCGAUAACCAGUGAUUUGGCCAAUCAAUUCAAAUAUUCAUUGCAAACAGAACUAAAAAAAAGAUUUGAAAACAUACAGAAAGUUCACCUUUUCUCAGUCGCAACGUUUUUGGAUCCUAGAUUCAAAAAAAUUCAUUUAGAUGAGCCAUUAUCUUUGUCAAAAACAAUUAAUUAUACCAACCGAUGCCUAAGUUUAAAUACUAGGAAUGAUGAUACUAUACUGGUGACCGAUUUUGAAUCAUCUGUUUCAUCACAAGUUGCCAGCGACGAUCAAGAUAUAUGGCAGGUACACCAUAACAAAAUAAUGGCUGCUAAUACGUCAAUGACAAAAAAUACAGAGAUAGAUUUAUAUAUCGCAGCGCCAUUAUCAAAUCUUAAAGUAGACCCUCUCGAUGUAUGGAGAAGUUCUGAGGGAACUUUUCCAAAAUUAACAGACUUAGCUUUGAAACACCUCUCAGUGAUGGCCACUUCUGCACCAGCUGAAAGAUUAUUUUCGAAGGCUGGGAAUAUUGUCAGAAAAACUCGAAACCGUAUUUUAGGAAAGCGACUACCAAAACUAUUAUUUUUAAACUCUUUGACUGAAGAUUUAUGGCAAUAAUUUUUUAAGUUUCUGAUAAAUUUUGAUUUGAGGUUUGGAGGAAGCUUCCUUUUCUUUUUUAAUGUUCAUACCCAA